AAUAACCAAAAAUUCUAUUCUCUCACUCAAUUGACUUGACUCUUUAAUUCAUUCAUUCAUUCAUUCUUUCUCUCUCAACAAUAUUAUACCGCGUAACCGUUGCCAUUGAAAAAUAAAAAUAAAAAAUAAAAAUAAAAAUGCGAGGUUCUGUUCCCGUUUUGGUAAUCUUCGCCGCAAUGGCGGUUACGCUCGUAUACGGAGGUUUUCCGGGGAGUUAUCUUCUUCACCGCUCCAUCCCUCUUAACCACAAAGUUCAACUGACCACUCUCAGAGCUCACGACACAGCUCGUCACGCUCGAAUCUUGCAAGCUACUGAUCCCCCCGCCGCCGGCAUUCUUGACUUCUCAGUCCAAGGAACCUCCGAUCCUUACUUAGUUGGGUUGUAUUUUACCAAAGUGAAGUUAGGGUCUCCUGCUAAAGAAUUUUACGUUCAGAUUGAUACUGGAAGUGAUAUCUUGUGGCUUAAUUGCAAUACUUGCAAUAAUUGCCCCCAAUCUAGUGGCCUAGGGAUUGAGCUCAAUUUCUUUGAUACGGCUAGUUCGUCCACUGCUGCAUUGGUUUCCUGCUCGGACCCAGUGUGUUCUUAUGCGGUUCAAACUGCCACAAGUCAGUGCUCUUCUCAGGUUAAUCAAUGCAGCUACACUUUUAAGUAUGGGGAUGGAAGUGGGACAUCCGGUUAUUAUGUUUAUGAUGCUAUGUAUUUUGACGUGAUCAUGGGACAGUCUGUGUUUUCUAACUCUUCAGCUAACGUAGUUUUUGGGUGUAGCACCUAUCAGUCUGGGGAUUUGGCUCAGACAGAAAAGGCGGUUGAUGGAAUUUUUGGGUUUGGCCCCGGUGCUUUAUCUGUUAUAUCACAAUUGUCAUCACAAGGCAUGGCGCCCAAAGUGUUCUCUCAUUGCUUAAAGGGAGAGGGCAAUGGAGGAGGUGUACUAGUUCUUGGUGAAAUUUUGGAGCCAAAUAUUGUUUAUACUCCACUUGUCCCAUUACAGCCUCAUUACAAUUUAAAUCUUCAAAGCAUUGCUGUUAAUGGACAACUUCUCCCAAUCGAUCAAGAUGUAUUUGCAACAGGUAACAAUCGAGGAACAAUAGUUGAUUCUGGUACUACAUUGGCAUACCUUGUUCAAGAAGCUUAUGAUCCUUUUCUCAAUGCUAUAACUACCGCUGUGUCACAGUUUUCCAAACCGAUUAUUUCCAAAGGAAACCAGUGUUAUCUGGUCGCAACCAGCCUAGGUGAUAUAUUUCCUCAAGUCAGUUUAAAUUUCAUGGGUGGUGCAUCCAUGGUUUUAAAACCAGAACAGUAUCUAAUACAUUAUGGUUUCCUGGAUGGUGCUGCGAUGUGGUGCAUUGGUUUCCAAAAGGUGCAGAAGGGAUUCACAAUUUUAGGAGAUCUUGUCCUAAAAGAUAAGAUUUUUGUAUACGACUUGGCGAAUCAACGAAUUGGGUGGACCGACUAUGAUUGUUCAUCGGCUGUAAAUGUCUCUGUGGCUACGACCAAGAGUAAGGACGCAUACAUCAGUGCAGGACAGAUGAGUGUCAGCUCCUCACACGUAGACAUUCUCUCCAAGUUUCUACUUGUAAACAUUGUGGCUUUUCUUGUGCAUAUAACAGUCUUCAUGGAGCCCCGGUUUUUGUAGAUAGUGUUCAAGAGUCAAAGCUCAUUCUUUGAAAAACUUAGGGAGUUGGGGUCGUCGAUGUUUUAUUUAUUGUCGACAUACUGUUGAUAUUUUGAAACGGGAGUGGUUGCUGUAUUCUGCUCCACAUUUGAUCAUAUUGAUCUCAUUGUAAAAGGGCUCUGUUGUUUAGAAAUUGGCAAAUUUAUGUAAAGUUUACCAGAAUCCACUUCCACUCUACCAACCAAUGUUGUGUUGUAACUGUAAUUCAAUGGUAGUUAGUGAUAGUUAAAGAAGUUAGUUAUGAAUGUUAUUUGUCUACUGGAUCAUGGACUAAAUGUAUACAAAAUAUAUAUCAUUGUGAUCAAUACCAUUUAUCUUUACUCUUG